UCCAAGAUGUUCGAAGAUUGUAAGGAGGAAGAAGAGGACGAGGAAUGGCCCCUGGCGAUUAUAAAACAUGAUGCCAGACAUGCCAUGUGGAUGCUAUGUGGCACACUUGGCGUGGACUGCAGAGGAGUGCCGGGACAGGCCUGCCGGCUCCUUGAGCGUUACCUAGCGGUACAAAUGCAUAACUUCAGCAAUUUGGCUCCAGGUACAGUGGUCGCACAAGGUCCAACUUUCAAGAGGCAGCUGCUGAGAAAGCUCCCGGUACUGAUGGUAUCUUGUAUACAACUAGCGGCCAAGAUGAACUCCGCCUACUUCCAGAUGAAUGCGUCGUUCAUCAGGGUGUGCCUCAUCUUCAAGGGAGUGAGGCUAACUGUAGACGAAAUAAAAGAAUCCGAGUUCAGAGUAUACAGCACUUUAGGGUUCCGCAUCCCCCUGUGGACCAGCGUGGAGGCAGGGGAAGCCCUGGCCGUGGCCGCGGGCAUGCCGCAGGAGAUGCUGGAGGGCGUCGCGCUGCUCGUCAACUUGGCGGAGUACCGCCGCGACCGGCUCAACGGCCGCGUCUGGUGGGCUUCAAACCUUUCACCGCCCAGUCCGAACUUCGCCCGGGUAGGCCUGCGGACAGUACACCUGGCGGCGGGCUCGGUGGCGGCGGCGGCGCGGCAACUGUCGUACUGCGGGCCGGACCCCGCGCCGCGGCUUGCGGAGCUGACGCGCGCGCCGCUCUGCUACGUCAGAUGCAUCAGCAACUGCUUGCUCACCGAAUUGCUCGCGGGCGACGCUGGCUCGGGAGUCAGCUCCAGUAGAAAAAGGAAAAGACAGGAUUGA